AUGAAAUGUGCGAUUUGCGACUCGGUGGCACUUUCGCUGCACUUUGGAGCGCCCAGUUGUAAGGCCUGUGCCGCAUUUUUCCGUCGAACCGUCGCACUGGACAUCACCUAUGACUGUAUCACCGGGAAUCAGGAUUGUGAAGUUAAUCAUGAACGUCGAAUGGCUUGUAAAAAGUGUCGAUACCAGAAGUGCAUCAACAACAACAUGCAGAGAUAUAUGGUUCAAUCUAAAAGGGGGCGACCAGAUGGAGCAGGGAAUACGGAGAAUGCUUCCCUAUCACCUUCAACACCUCUCGGAUCCACACCAUCCACAAGCUCCGCCCCUUUACCUCAUUCUCCAAUGAAAAACGAUGAAAUUCGAAAAUUGAAUGAGCAUUUCUUCAAAAUGGACUCAAAUCUGAACAAAAGUCGACGAAUGGCAUUUACCGAUUCCAGAUUAUUGGAUAUUUUCUCAGGGAUGUGUAAAAUGCCGUUUGAAAAACACCAACUCCAACCGUUCGAUUUCCGAUCCUACCGUGGCUAUCAAAAGCAGGAAUACGUGAUGUUGUUCAACUACGCAAACACCCUACCCGGAUUUCAAGAACUAUCAAAUGCCAGUCAGAAUUUCUUAUUUCGAAUUGCCUGUGGUGUGGAUUUUGUGAUCAGUUCGUCGUAUUAUACAAUGUGUAUUGGAACGGAAUCGAAUUUAUUGAUUAGUCAGGAUGGGACGUAUAUUCAAAUGAAGCCGUUGCCUCUGUUGGGCGAUGAACCGGGCACGGAGCUAAUGUUCACGAAGAAGGAGGAGUUGGAGAAGUAUAAGAACAUUAUUAAGCCCCGUGUCAAGUCUUGGAUCGACUUCAUGCCGCACUACGAAGCAUUGGACCCAUCUUUCGAGGAAAACAGCAUAUUAAAAGCCUUAUGUUGCUGGCAAACCGCACAUUUCAAUCUACAAGAAUGUGAUAAGGAUACAGUAAGAAAACAAAAGUCACUGCUCACUCAAUGUCUCCUCAAAUGGUGCAUCGAUACGUAUGGAGACGAGGAGGGACCGGUCAGAGCUGCGAAUAUUGUGCUGUUUUCUAGUUCUAUAUGUGUGAGUUUUGGAAGUUUUUUGAUGGAACUCGUCAAUAGUCUGAUCAUCAUAUCGUUCUUCGAAAUCAUGGAUUGUGAUCCGCUGAUCAAUGAGAUUCUGUCAACGACCACUUUGUUUUCUUGA